UCCUUUCAUCAAUAAUAAAUCAUGUAAGUUUGGUAGCAUUUGCUCUUUAUUUGACAAAGUUAUAAGGGGGAACCAUUCUGGGAAUCAACAAUCACCACCACUGGACUUUAGUGGUAAUAAAUGUUUUUAAACUCUAAAAACAAUCUAUAUCAUACUUAUCUCAUAGACAAAAAACACAUGAAAACUGUUGAAUGCCCACUUUCUAGGUGAUCUACCCACAAGAGAAAAAAGUCUUUGUUCUUGAAUCCACUGCUCUUUAGUGUUUUUUUAUCUAUUCAUGACUGGACUUUUUUUUUCGGAAUUGCACAGCGUUGCUGCGCUACAGCAGACACGAACUUCUGGACCUUUGGAGCUACAAUUUUGACUCGGUGAUCGCCGAUCUCCGACUCAUCCCAGAGAUCUCCAGAACACCGGAGGCUGCUCACUUCUCCCGGCCGGGUGGAAGGGUACGCAAGCCGCGACGAGAACGUAAACAAAGGCGGGGUAAGCGUGGAGGGGUGCGAGCUAGGUUAAAGCUAACACCACACCGGCUCCCUUUACCCAGCAUUUUCCUCGCCAAUGUCCGUUCUCUGGCUAAUAAAAUGGACGAGUUACGACUAUCCAUCACGAGUGACAGACGGAUUAUUGACUCAAAUGUCAUGUUUUUCACCGAAACAUGGCUAAACAACAGCUGCCCGGAUAAUGCUAUCCAGCUAAGUGGACGCCACACACACCGAGCCGACAGGACAGCAGAUGACUCCGGCAAGACCAGAGGCGGAGGUUUGUGCAUUUAUAUUAACAAAGCUUGGUGCACAGAUUCUGCUACUACCAAGAGUCACUGCUCACAGAAUGUGGAGUUUUUAAUGGUCAAAUGCAGACCUUAUUACCUCCCAAGGGAAUUCACCUCAAUCAUCCUCACUGCAGUGUACACCCCCACCCCCGGAUGCUAAUGCCAAGCUAGCCAUGAAAGAACUCUAUGCGGCUAUUAGCAAACACCAAACCAAAUACCCCGAGGCUCCUUUUAUUGUUGCAGGUGAUUUCAAUCACUCCAACUUGAAGACAGUUCUUCCCAGAUUCCACCAACAUGUCUCCUGCCACACCAGAGGAGACAAGACCCUGGACCAUGUCUACUCCAAUCUGGCUGGAGCCUACAAUUUGACACCCCUCCCCAACAUCGGACAAUCAGACCAUCUCUCCCUGUUCCUCACACCUCGGUACUUACCACUCAUCCAACGUGUGAAACCUACCGUGAGGACAGUAAAGGUGUGGCCAGAGGGCUCAGACGCUGUGCUCCACGACUGGUUCAGGAAUACAGAUUGGACUAUUUUCCACCAUACAGACUUGGAUCAGUACGCCUCAUCUGUACUGAACCAUAUUUCCACCACCAUAGAACGUGUCACCACCUGCAAACGCAUUACCAUGUACCCCAACCAGAAACCCUGGAUGAACCGAGACGUUCGUCUCCUGCUGAAGGCCCGCAACAUCGCCUUCAGGUUAGGGGAUGCACAGACUUACAGUACAGCCAGGGCUGAGCUGAAGAAGGGAAUCAAGAAGGCCAAACAUCACUACAAAAGGAAGGUGGAGGAUCAUUUUUCUAACACCAACCCCCGACGUAUGUGGCAAGGCCUUCAGAUUCUCAGACUACAAGAACCCCAAUACCACCCCCGCUUCUACUGAUGUCUCCUUCCUCAACGAACUUAACAACUUCUAUGCUCGUUUUGAGAGAGGGAAUACCACAACUGCAACCAAAGCAGCUACCACCCCAGGCCAACAGCCACUGACUUUCCUCCCCACUGACGUAGGAGCGGCUCUGAGCAGGAUUAAAUCCCACAAGGCUGCAGGUCCUGAUGGCAUACCUGGACGUGUCCUCAGAACAUGCUCUGGGGAGCUGGCAGGAGUGCUGACGGACAUCUUCAACCUGUCCCUGGCCCGCGCUGUGGUACCGACCUGCUUCAAGUCUACCUCCAUCGUCCCAAUCCCCAAGAAUCCCAACCCAACCAGACUCAAUGACUUCCGUCCGGUAGCCCUUACCCCCAUCAUUACCAAGUGCUUGGAGCGGCUGGUCCUAGCACACCUCAGAUCCUGUCUCCCCCCCACACUAGACCCCCACCAAUU